UUAAAAACUCAGUAAUUUGCCAUUGUGAAAAUUCAGUUUGAUUUCGACCGUAAAACAUGUAAAACGUGCCACAAACUGAAUACGCAUCGCGCCUUGAUGAAAAUAGUCUGAUAAAUAAAGGAAGAAAGUGGAAAAACAAAGCAAAACAAAUUUAUUACCACCACUCAGUACAAAAAUUAGAAUUUGAUUAUCAGUUAAAUCGUUUGUUAAACUGUGUGUUUGUGAAUUAAUGGAAUGAAAUAUCAUAAAGUGAUUCAAACUUACAUUAUAUGUGUACCAAUGUUAAAGCAUUACAGAUUUUGAAAAAACAUGAAUACAUUAUAUUUAUACACAUACAUACAUAUGUACAUAUGUAAGUGAAAAUUGUUUUUGUAAAGAAUAAACUAGCAGUGGGCUAAUGGAAUAAAUCGCUAAAGUGAAAAUAGUUUUUAACUGUUGCUUACGAUUCAACAGUCAGCUUGAAAAUGUUUUACCAAAUUAUAACUUUAAAUGAAAUUGAAACGCUUUCGCUUAUCAACCGAUAUUUUAAUGCGUAAUUGUAGUGCGAGUGCUAAUUUUAAAACUUAGAGCACAAGUAUAACUCCUAGCUUAUAGCGUUAUAAAGGAACCUGUGACAAAGUGCCAGUGACAAUAUAUUUCUCCCCAUCGUUUUUUCUUUACGUUCGCCCAAGCAAGAGUAUCCGCCAAUCAACGAAAAUAGCGCCGAUUCCGCUAAACUGGCUACCGAAUGGAUAAUGGGUAUUUGUUUAGACACAGAUGCCAGCGCGGCACAGGAUACCGGCGAACCCGGCAGCGAUUGGAAUCAUAUACGAAACCAAAACAGUGCCAAUGGACGGGUCGGUACGGGAAACAUGGUCGCCAUAGACAUGCAAAAUGCUGGAAAAAUAAAAUUCGAUCCACCCAAAGUGCCAGUGAUAUUUGUUUUAGGCGGCCCAGGUAGUGGCAAAGUGACGCACUGUGACACAUUUAUGCAGGAGCGCCGCGGUGUGACACACAUAAAUAUGAUGGAUUUGUUGCAACAGUAUGCAAUGGGAAACGAUAUGCAGGACUUUUCGCAACUAUCCUCAAAAACCGUCACAGAGGUGCUCAUGCUGGAAAUGAAAAUGGCUCCAGCUGCCAAAGCGUACCUAAUUUCGGGAUUUCCACGCUCAAUGCGCGACGUCGUCGAAUAUUCGGAAAAGAUUCAAGUCGUAAAUGGAGUAAUUUUGAUAUCCUGGCGCCAGUCGGUUCUGCAAAAGCAAAUUGAUUAUGGCGCGAAAUUAGGUCAUGUCGUACUCUCCUUAGCCAAAAUGGAAUUAGAAAAUUUCUUUAAAAAUGUGAUGCCUGUUGCAGAUUACUUCGAUCAAAGUGAUAUGCUAAUAGCUGUGAAUGGUGAGCGUGCACCUGCCGAAGUAUACAAGGACUUUCGCACUGCUGUACUCGACAUAUUGAGCACGCUUGAAAAUGAAGAGGCCAUGCUAAAUGGAGUUACAGGUAUGGGCAGAGGGAUAAAUGAUAUACCCGGCAGUAUUGUUAGCGUAGACACCGCACCUAGUCAAGCCGCGAAUAUUACAGACAUUUCGAAUGCCAACGCAAACAAAACUGUCUUUUCUGCUGCCAACACCAACCACGACAACAAUAGAAACUUCUAUAAUAACAAUGGGGGCGAUCCGAGCGUAGCGAAUGCUGUGGGCGCACACAUUGUAUCGAGUGCCAUUGCUGCUGCCGCGACUGCAGGAAUGAAAGAUGCCGAAGUCAUCACCAUACAGACCGAACCGGUGGCCACCAAUAACGCUGCAACAAGCAUGGACCUCAAGAUGGACAAUAUACCAUCAGUUAUUUGGAUUAUCGGUGGACCAGGUAGCAAUAAGGCAACACUUUGUAUGAAGGCUGUAAGCUUGAAUCCUGGUUGGGGACACAUAAGCAUGGGACGAUUAUUGCGCACCAUAACCGAUUCGGCCCCACGUGCCAACACAGAGAACUAUACUGUCAAAGAAGCGCUAUCGGCUGGUGAAAUGGUGCCGGAGAAGGCGAUUAGCAACAUUCUCGAAGCGAAUAUUCGACAAAUGUUGGAUCGCAAGGGCAUACUCAUCGACGGUUAUCCGCGAAAUUUGCAACAAGUCAAACAUUUUGAAAACAAGUACAAACAAAGACCGCCCAUCGUGCUUCUGGAUUGUUCGAAACUGCAAUUGGGACGUGGGCGCGUCGACGAUACCGUCUCUUCGUUUCGACGCCGAUUAGAACUGUUUCGUGAACAGACUUUGCCUAUGCUGAAAGCUAUGGACAAUGAUAGUCGUCUGCAAAUUGUCGAUGGCGAUACGGACAGCCCUUCAGUGCAGCGCGAAUUCGAAAAAAUUAUACGCCAUCAUAUACAAAACAUCCAGCAGAAUGGAAUACGACUGGCAGGCAAUAUGAUCGAUGCUGGCAUGAUGACCAAUCAUGUGAACCAAAAUCAAACCAAUGCAAUUUUACAAGAUUUGGAAAAUAAUGUUCCAGGUGCAGUGCCAACGAUCAGCAAACAUGUAUCACUAAUGAAUGGACACUUAAAACAACGAAAUAACAGUGGCACCAUUAACUUGAAUAAUAAUCACCAGGCUAUGAAUGGUGAUGUACGCAUUGCUGGAAUGACGGGUGGCAUCGAUUUUAGACACAUGCUCGAGGAGGCUGAAAGAUAUCCUGUAGAUUCCUAUAUGUAAGAAGGGCGGGGGUGACUUUGCAGUCACAGUGAUUUUCAUCCGUGACUGUGACAAAGACAGUUACAAAAAAGUUGGAAACAGGAACCUUUUACCGAGUGAACUAAGAGCAUAAUUUAUUUAUUUGACAUCACUGACUAUUUUCAUCGCUUGUUUUUGUCAUACACACUCGUUUUUAAUGAUGUGAAAUUCUAAUAUACAUAAAACAACAUUAAUCAGAAUUUAGUCUUAAAUAACUGGUCGCAGUUUCUCGAUAUGUAAUUGUCAAUGCUACUUUAUCACAGUCACAGUUCGUAGUAGUGGCUGUAACUGUUAAGCUGAUGGCAGAUAAAACUUUGUGGCUUUGCCUGACAUUUAUAAUUUUGCCAGCAAAGUGCCAGACGCAAAAGUUAUACCACAAUGAACGCCAAGAAAACAAUUUUUUACUGCUGUUUUGCUCGUCAAAAUUGCUGUGGAUUUUAUAUAUUUAGCUUUGAAAAUAUCAGUAAUGCAAUUAAAUUUCAUGUUUCUGCAUGAAAACUCGAAUUUAGACGAAACAAAAUAAAUAUUAAGCCGGCUGAUUGUCAACGCGCGCAAAAAAUGGGAGUUGGCCAACUUUUCGCUUCGCGCUGCAGUUGCAACGAUCUAUGUGGCAUGCUUUGUGCGUUCUCAUACAAUUCAUCAAUCGCGCAAUCCUACUAUAAAAACAUCACUGCGACUGUUCUUUUGUCACAGUAUGUCACGGUGACUUUUUGGAAGUUGUCACAGCAGUUAACAGUGACUUUUGAGUAACCGUGACAAAGUCCAAAUAUACCACAAAUACCAUUUCUCAGUACUGUACCUAAAUGCCUCAAGAGGUAUGUAUGCAUCAUGAGAGCCUUAGAUUAUAUGGCCGAAUCCGGCUCUGAUUUUCCAUUAAAUGAAAUUUUUUCUGUCAGUACGGCACUUAUAAAAUAAAUCUCCAUAACAAAUUUCAAAU